AUGGUUAUGCAGUAUUCAGCAUUCUCUUGUAAAUUAUAUCACGGGUUAGAAAUCAAUGAAGAGUGGCUGGCUGACAAGUCGCGUUUCUCUUGUGAUGGACUUCGCCGUCAACGGCUCCUCGUACCAAUGUUAAUGCGCAGCACCCGUGGAACGCAUACAUGGCAGUUGGUUAAGUCCACUUGGGAGGAGGCCUUGGCCUCCAUUGGUAGUCGACUAGUUGAAGUCGGUCGAUCUGGUGCUAGAAAUGCUGUAGCUGGACUUGCGGGUCCAUUUGCUGAUGCCGAGGCUCUUACCGCUCUUCGUGACUUAGUGCACCUCUUUGACUCUGAGUUGAUAUGUACAGAAGAAAAAUUUCCAGCUAACAGCACUGAUCUUCGAGCCAACUACCUGUUUUCCGGACUAAUUGCUGGCAUUGACUCCGCUGAUCUUGUCCUUUUGAUUGGAACCAAUCCGCGAUUUGAGGCUCCAUUGUUGAAUGCCCGCCUCAGGAAAGCAUGGGUUCACAAUGAUCUCGAAAUAGCCAUGGUUGGUGAUCCAGUUGAUCUGACAUAUGAAUAUGACCAUUUAGGGUCUUUUCCUGAUAUCCUAGAACAAAUCGCAUCUGGUUCCCAUCCAUUUUCACAUGUGAGCAAUUUUUAA